GGGUAGAUGGAGUAUCUAUAACACUGGAGUAAUCUGUGUUUUCGAUGUCCAAAAUAAAUAAUGUUUGUUUCAGGUACAUGGAGUGACAGUCAUGGCAGGCGACGUAAACCAUUGAUUCUCAUACCGAUUUUUGGACAAAUUUUAUCAAAUAGUUUAUACUUUGUGAAUAACUAUUGGAAUUGGCCAAGAAUAUUCGAUGACAUAUUUACUUCAUAUCUCUCCGGAGUGUACGUCGGUCGAAAUCUGUUCUGGAUCGGUGCGAUGGCAUAUGUAUCAGAGAACUCUACAGUUGAAUCGAGAACUUUGAAGAUCGCAAAACUAAUCGGGACAUAUACCAUUAGUCACUUGAUUGGAUUGUGUUUAUUUCAACUUUUAGACAACUGUUGGAUAAUAAUUAAAAACCACAUUGAACAUGUAUAUAGAUAUUAUCAUGUGUUGUUUUUAGUGCCAAUAUUCUUAAACAUAAUUGCCGCUUUAGUUGUCAUAUUUUUUAUGAAAGACACUUCUGAUUCAUAUGAUAGAAAUAUGUUAUGGAUGAAACCAAUAAAUGUCUUUAACAGUUUUAUCAGCUUGUUUAAAAACGAAUCCAGAAAUCGUGCUGUUUUUGGCAUGUUGUUUACGUGUCAAUUAGCAGUAGUUGUCAGAGUAGGAGGUAAAUUACAUUAUAUUAAGUAUACAAUAAUAUAAAUUGUUUUCUAUAU